AUGUUAACAUUGUGUUAUGGCUUUAGUUGCAAGGCCCCGCUCUUGAAGAAGCCGAAGCCAUCAUGUCGACGUGUCAGAAAGCUGAAGCGGUUGCAUCGGGGGCCUGAGUUCCAAGAACUGGCGAAGGUUGCUCAGCAGGCUACGGAGGAUCUAACGGUUGCCCAAGCUAAUCUGGAGGCAAGUAAACUUUUCUUACACGAGAUUGUCUGUUUGUAG